GCACCCUGACUGCCACGGCCACGGCCAUCGACGCUUUGACUGCGGAGUCCUACGGCUACACUCACAAUCCAGAGAGUCUGUACUCGUCCUCAUCGCUAGUUCCGAUACAGUGCCAGUCUCUGCACGCAAUCUCUCGCGCCGAUAAGAUGUGCACUUCAGAACAGGAGAAUUCACCGACGAACGUCUUUACGGCCUCCUGAGGCCAGCACCGACCAUUUCCAGACCAAGGCAGUCCACCUCCAGAUGAUCACCCUACCCCGAUCCUCAUCAUGUCGUCCAUGCGUGGUCUCGUCCAGUUUAUAGCCGAUCUCCGAAAUGCCAGAGCUCGCGAACUCGAGGAAAAGCGCAUCAAUAAGGAGUUGGCCAACAUCCGACAGAAAUUCAAGAACGAGAAGUUGGACGGGUACCAGAAAAAGAAGUAUGUCUGCAAAUUGCUCUACAUAUACAUCCAAGGAUACAAUGUCGACUUCGGCCACCUCGAGGCGGUCAACCUGAUUUCCACGACCAAGUACUCGGAAAAGCAGAUCGGCUACCUUGCGGUCACGCUCUUCCUACAUGAACAGAGUGAAUUGCUGCAUUUGGUGGUCAACAGCAUUCGUAAGGAUUUGACCGACCACAAUGAACUCAACAAUUGUCUGGCGCUACAUGCGGUUGCCAAUGUGGGUGGAAGAGAGAUGGGCGAAGCCCUGAGUGAUGAUGUGCAUCGACUUCUCAUAUCUCCCACCUCGAAAUCAUUUGUCAAGAAGAAAGCGGCCCUGACCCUCCUCCGACUCUACCGAAAGUAUCCUGGCAUCCUUCAGGCGGAGUGGGCAGAAAGAAUAAUAUCUCUGAUGGACGAUCCGGAUAUGGGAGUGGUUUUGUCAGUGACUUCCCUGGUCAUGGCAUUGACGCAGGACCAUCCCGAAGCAUACAAAGGAAGCUACGUCAAGGCCGCCCAGAGACUACGGAAGAUUGUGAUAGAAAACGACGUUUCACCAGACUAUUUCUACUACAAAGUGCCUUGCCCCUGGAUCCAGGUCAAAUUCCUGAAACUAUUACAAUACUAUCCACCUUCCGAAGAUUCACACGUUCGCGAUAUACUCCGGGAAUCACUCCAGGCCAUCGUACAAGCCGCCAGCGAAACACCCAAAAACGUACAACAGAACAAUGCUCAGAACGCAGUCCUUUUCGAAGCAAUCAAUCUUCUCAUACAUCUCGACAGCGAACACCAACUUAUGAUACAGAUCUCUUCCAAACUGGGGAGAUUUAUCCAGUCCCGAGAAACGAACGUACGUUAUCUGGGCCUGGACGCCAUGGCUCAUUUCGCUGCCAGAUCCGAGACGCUCGAUCCCAUAAAGCGGCAUCAGAACAUCAUCAUCGGAUCGUUACGAGAUCGAGAUAUCAGCGUCCGAAGAAAAGGUCUCGAUCUGCUCUACAGCAUGUGUGACACCACGAAUGCUCAGUCGAUUGUGAAUGAACUUCUGAAAUACCUCCAGUCCGCAGACUAUUCGAUACGUGAAGAGAUGACGCUAAAGAUUGCCAUUCUGACGGAGAAGUACGCCACCGAUGCUCAAUGGUACAUCGAUAUCUCUCUAAGGUUACUGGCAAUGGCCGGAGAUCAUGUCAGCGACGAAGUCUGGCAGAGGGUGGUACAGAUUGUCACGAAUAACGAGGAAAUACAGCCAUAUGCAGCACAACACAUCUUCGAAUAUCUCAAAACGGAGGGUUGUCAUGAUACACUCGUUAAGAUUGGAGGAUACAUUCUCGGAGAAUUUGGACACUUGAUUGCCGACCACAAGGGAUGCAGUCCAAUCGAGCAGUUGAUGGUGCUCCAGACCAAGAUGAUAUCAGCCCCUGACACUACAAGGGCAUUACUAUUGUCAACAUUUGUCAAAUUCGUGAACCUCUUUCCCGAGAUUAAACCUCAGCUAUUACAGAUGUUCCAAUUCUACAGCCAUUCGCCGGACUCGGAAUUGCAGCAAAGAGCUUGCGAGUAUCUCGCUGUUGCGACACUGCCUACCGACGACCUACUGAGGACUAUCUGCGACGAGAUGCCGCCUUUCUCCGAGCGAGCCUCGAUCUUGCUCCAGAGAUUGCACAAGAAGAGUGUCGGUACAAGCGAGCGGAGGACAUGGCUUGUUGGUGGCAAAGACGCGAACGCUGACAAGCAAGAGGUCCUCCUCGCGCAACAGACUGGCCUGAAGCGGACGUUCACAACCAUCGUCCACGGCGGAUCCCCGCAGAAGAACGGAAACGGUACAGCAACAAAGAGUGCCAGUGGCCAGCAGAAUGCCACAGGCAGCGCGAGCAAAGAUCUAGAAGGUCUGGAGAUGAACGGUCACACAGACGGCGCGAAGUCAAAUCUCGCUGGUGCGGCUCACCUGUCUCCAGACUGGGAACUUGGCUAUGAACAAAUGUAUUUCACCGACGAGGGCGUGCUGUAUGAAGACCCUCAGAUCCAAGUUGGGUUGCGGGCAGAAUACCGUGGCCAUCUGGGGGUGGUCAAGUUGUACUUUGCCAACAAAGCCUCCUUUCCCAUUGGAAGCUUCACAACAACCCUCGAAAACAAAUCCGCGCCGAACCUCAAGAUAGAUACAAAAAGUCUACCGGACUCGAACGUCGGACCGGACUCACAAGUCCAGCAGACGAUUAUAUGUACUUCUGUGGCACCAUUUGCCGAACCCCCAACCAUUCGCAUUUCAUAUCUGGCCGGCGCAUUGCAGGGGUAUACCUUGAAGCUACCGAUUUUACCUCACCGAUUCAUGGACCCUUCCGAGUUGACGGCCGAGGACUUUUUCAAGCGCUGGCGACAAAUCGGCGGAGGCCCGCUUGAAGCGCAGAGCACGUUCGGGUCGAAGAAUCAGGGGGCCGAGUUGAGCGACGAGUAUACACGGGAUGUUGUGUCGGGGUUCAAAUGGAGGAUAUUGGACAAUGUCGAUCCGAAUCCCAGAAACAUUGUGGGUUGUGCGGUGUUGCAGCUUGAGAAGGGGAAGACGGGGUGUUUGUUGAGAUUGGAGCCGAACCAUCAGCAGAAGAUGUUCCGCCUGACGAUACGAGCAACACAAGAUACUGUGCCGGGUGUUUUAUUGGGGUUGAUGCAGGAACGGCUGGCGAAGGGGUCGUAACGCCGAAAGAAAAAUCGUCGAU